CUGAACAGGUUUAAGCGUUGCAUUUUGGUCAUUUCACUUCUUUGUCUCUUCUUCUUCUUCUUCUUCACCUGUGUGUGAAAGAAAAUGGAAGUUGCAGUUCGAGGCAAUUAGGGCAAAUUUGAAGAAUCUAAGGGACUGUAAUGAUGCAAGGCGGUGACGGUUCGCUGCUUCUUGCUCUCUCUCCUAGCUUCAGCAGCUACUCCUCCGGCAGAUUUGCAGAAAUUGCCGUCCGUGUCGUGGAGGAACUCCGUAAAGAAUCUGAUUCUGAUUCCUAUAUUUUCGACUGGAAACCUGAGGCUGUCUCUUCUCUUCAGAACGGAGCCGAACCGGAAGAAUUCAACCAAGAAUCUCAACACGAUGGAAAUGAAGAAACAGAGACUGUUGCCGGUGGAAACAGAGACGACGAUUUCGAGUUCGAGUUCGCGGUCGUUCCUAGGGAGCCGCAGGCGGUAACAAUCUCAGCCGAGGAUAUCUUCUACAAUGGUCAGAUUAGACCGAUUUAUCCGAUCUCCAACAUGAAUCUGUUAAUGAACGGAUCGAUUGCCGAUAAGAACAGCAACGUUGAUGGCGAGGACAACGACGGAAAUUUGAAGACAGCGAAGCCGAAGAGAGUUCAUCGUCCGUCGCUUGGAAAACUGAUGAGCAAAGAGCGCGAAACGAAUUCUUUCUCGUUGUCAGAGGCCGACGAGCUUGACGGAGUUCUUCCUGGAACGUACUGCGUUUGGUCGCCAAAGGAAUCGCUCGAGAGAUGCAAAAAGAGCAAUUCAGCGGGAUCAUCGAAGCGAUGGAAACUCCGAGAUCUUCUAUACAGAAACAACAGCGACGGAAAGGACAACUUCCUGUUUUUAUCCGCAAGCAAGAGAGUGGAGAAAAUCGCUGAGGUCUCAAAGGCCUGGACAAAGAAAUCGUCGGCAAAGUAAAACCUAGCAGAGUCGCCGCCUCCACCGCCGCCGCCUCCGCCGCGACGGCUGCUACUGUCACUCCGACGGCCGCUGACGAAGGACAACACUUAAAGAAUACGUCGAAAGGAGCGGAUAAGAAGAGUCGAUCAAUAACAACACACAGACAAGAAAUGGUGGAUUUGUUCAUCAAUGUCAAUGGUACGAACAAAAACUCACAUCAAUUCUGAACAUUAUUAGGGUUUGAAACGAGAUUGAUUUGGGGAAGAAGAAAUUGAUGAAAAAGAAAACCUAAUUUGAAAAAAAAAAAAAAAAAAUUAAUUGGUUUUUUUUUCCCUCUGUUAAUUUGGAAUAAUUAAUUUAAUUAAACGACAAUUUUCUACCAAACAGAAAUAGCCAAUAAUAUGUAUGAAUGAGUUGUAAUA